UCAGUCCAGCUCCGUCCAGCCACAGUAGGGAAGACGAUCUGCAGGGGACAGAUUUUUAAAGACUCGCUAACCGAGACGAUCCUCCGCCCUCCCUGCGUGCUUUUUGCAACUUUCUGCUGCUUUUGUCUGGUUGUUUUUUUCUCUCUCGUUCUUUUCAUUCCCUGACCCCUAUCCUGCAGCUCAAGGUAACUUAAAACAGGAAGUUGGGUGUCUGUAAAAGGGGGCGGAGUGGAGAGGGUAAGCAGGGAGGAGGGGGAUGACACGGCCUACAGACGGCUGGCUAGGCCAAUAGCGGCAGAGACCGACUCGGGCUCAUUUGAAGAAUCCAGCAAAGGGGCAGGUUCUUGGAGAUAGGCGGGCCGAGAGUAUCGUUUAGCAAGCUAGAUUGAUUACAGUCGAGUGUUAAAGGGAAAGCAGUCAGGAGAUUUUUGCUCCGACUUGUUCUGCUGCUCUGCAUUGCUCUCACACUUUUAUUUCUUUUCAUCCAUCCCUUUUCUCCACCUCUCCCUCACUUUCUCGCCUGUUUUUCCGGUCACUCGUGCCGAGGCAGGGGUCAGCUGAAAGACAAAUAGUAGGGUUGCCAGGCAGAGGCCAACUCCAGGCUCCAGGCGACUUCAGGGGAGGAAUGGGAGUGGGUUGUGUGUUUAGGAAAGGGGGGAGGGGGGUGGCUGAAGAAGAUGGGCUAGUAGAAGGGGGAGGGGUCGGAACGGGGGGCGGCGGUAGGUGAUCGCGCUCCCCUCGGCUCGGGGCUUUGAAAGCAGCAGCAGAUCGCCUGUCCCACAGCCUUUUGUCUCCUCCUGGGACCAAGCCUGUGGACUAGACAGUUAAGGAGACUUUCGAGAUGUCCUCCUGUUCUCCAGCGCCCACAGCGCAGCAUAUGAAGGGCACGGGCAGAUCUGGAGAUGUCGGCAGACUCAUUUGGAGCAGGCGGCAGCGAUGCCCAGCAGAGCCUACAGUCCUUUUGGCCCAGAGUGAUGGAAGAAAUCAGGAAUCUUACCGUGAAGGAUUUCCGUGUGCAAGAGCUUCCUCUUGCUCGCAUCAAGAAAAUUAUGAAACUGGAUGAGGAUGUGAAGAUGAUCAGUGCCGAGGCACCAGUGCUGUUUGCCAAAGCAGCACAGAUCUUCAUCACAGAGCUCACUCUCAGAGCCUGGAUUCACACUGAGGACAACAAGCGACGCACACUACAGAGGAAUGACAUUGCCAUGGCCAUCACUAAGUUUGAUCAGUUUGACUUCCUCAUUGAUAUCGUCCCCCGCGAUGACCUCAAGCCUCCAAAACGACAGGAGGAAGUGCGUCAGUCUGUCGCCCCGACUGAGCCGGUCCAGUAUUACUUCACUCUGGCGCAGCAGCCCAGUGCAGUGCAGGUCCAAGGUCAGCAGCAAGGCCAGCAGGUGGCUGCUCCCACCGCCACCACACUGCAGCCCGGACAGAUUAUCAUCGCUCAGCCCCAGCAGGGCCAGAGUGCUCCGGUGACCAUGCAGGUGGGCGAAGGUCAGCAGGUGCAGAUUGUGCAGGCGGCUGCACAGGGACAGGCGCAGGCAGCACAGCCGGCUGGACAGACUAUGCAGGUUAUGCAGCAGAUCAUCACCAACACGGGAGAGAUUCAGCAGAUUCCAGUGCAGCUCAACACCGGCCAGCUGCAGUAUAUUCGCUUGGCUCAGCCUGUCUCAGGAACACAGGUUGUUCAAGGACAAAUACAGACACUUGCGACAAACACUCAGCAGAUUUCACAGACAGAACUACAACAGGGUCAGCAACAGUUCAGCCAGUUUACUGAUGGGCAGCAGCUGUAUCAGAUCCAGCAGGUGACGAUGCCUGCAGGGCAGGAGCUGACCCAGCCUAUGUUCAUUCAGUCCACCAACCAGACGGCCGACGGGCAGGUCACCACGCAGGUCAGUGCGGACUGAGGCUGUCCGUACCAUGUUGUCACCAACCACCACCUACAAUGAAGGAGAGAAGCCGCCACACACCAACACCCAGUCCUUCCACUUCCCUUCAUCUCAUGCCAUAGUUUGAUCAAGUUCUCCAACUGGUUUAAUUUAGCAAUCAAAUAAUAAACUUCAGAUUUAAGCUUCAUAAUUUACCGUCCAAAAUACAUGUAUUCCUGUUUUGAUUACAGAGUUUGGGUCUCUUUACUACAGUGCUGGAAUGAUCAAUGUGUAAUGGCAGAGAUUUGAUUUCUGCCAUAUUAAUUUCAACUCUGUCUUUUGCAAUAUGGCUAAAAAGUAUGAACCCACUGUCUUCCUUGCAGUAUAGGUAGAAUAUGUCCUUGUUUCAUAGUUUAAUGUGGAUAUGGGUAGAGAUUAUGCUUUCAGAUCUGUUCAGUGAUAGAGACAUUAAGGUGAGGCUUGUGAAACCUGAGCUGGAGUGCACUUCUUUCGUGUGGG